AUGGAUCGCCUCAUCACUCGGCAGCCGGAACCUUCUUUAUUAGUGUUGCACACAAAGCCACCACUGUUCUUCGGAAGCAAAAUGAGUCCGGAAGCACUUUGUUACCGAGAAGACGCGGUGGGAGCGCCGGGACAUAGAGGGGUCAGGUCGGCGCCUUAG